CCUCCAGCCGAUCACGUCGCUGCUGUUGCCGUAAUGAGCUCCAAGACAUCGCUGCUGGUUGCCGUGUUACUCCUUUCACCGCCGGUCUGUUGGGACUAUUCCCUGACAGCAGCAAGUUCAGCGGUUGAAGAAACGGAACUGCAAGUGUUCGGGGAGCCUGAGCCGGGACUCGAGUACGAGUUCGGAAAUGCUUUGUUCGACUUCGAUGUACUCGUGACAGGAUACGAGCCUUUUCUAGACCACUUGGUCAACCCUGCGCAGAGCGUCGCCGGCUCUUUGAACGGAACAUGCGACACCGUCUACCUCACGCCUCCCAAGACAAUGCGGCUUUGCUACGAGGGGGUUUCGGUUCCGGUGACUGCGGAGGGGAGCGGUUGGGCAGCCCGGCAGCUGGAGGAGACGCCCGCGAGAUGGGACGGCGUCAUCCACCUGGGGUUCGAGUCGUCGGCGAAGGGCCUCCGACUGGAAACGAUAGCGGCUAACGUCAAGACUUCGGACGACUUCCACUACCUAUGGAACUCGGACAUCCCGUGCCAGAAGGAAGGCACCCCUUUCGAGUAUAUCCAUGAGGGCUCCCCCUGCAUUCUCCCCACCACGGCACCCGUGUCCUUCCUCGAUCUCGGUGACCUCGCGGAGCUCCUGCAAGACGGCGGGCACGCCGACCUCGUAACUCUGGAGACUUGGAGCAGGGACGCCGGGGCGUACUACUGCAACGAGAUGUUCUACCGCACGCUGCACGCCAUUCGCGAGCUGGGCACCCCGUCGGUUGAUGGAUCUUCUCUCAUCCCGGCGAGCGAUGUUCGUUCACCUACCCGACGUAGCGGUGAUGGGUCUAGACGACAUGGCCGUCAUGGUGAGGUUCGUGGCCCAGAGGAUCAUGCUCGGCACGGUGGGGCUUCUGCCCAACGCUUGCAGCCACCGAUAGCGGUGGGCCCAGGGGGGGGGGGGGGGGGGGGGGGGGGGGGGGGGGGGGGGCACAUGGAGGGAGUGGCACGGCGGUCGCGUGCAGCACCCUUAUUUCAGUGAUGGGUGGUUGUUGAGCGGGUAGGCAGCUCAGCGGUGGUGUUGGCGUCAGCGUGUCUCUUUGGUGGUGCUGUAGCCAGAGUGUUUUGAGUGAUUCUUUGCGACAGCCAGGAGAGACGGUGAAUCGAAGGAGCCUUUCGCUUCGAUUCCUUUGAUUCAGGGUCCUCUGACCUUUUGGUGGAUGUAGAAUGGUUUGGUUGGUGCCACAGCCCUGCUUUUCCACAACCCUAGAAAAUUCGAUUGGGGUCCGGUCGCGACUACCGGGGGCAGAAACUUCGUGGCGGAGGGCUGGAGUUGGCAUAAACACAAACUCAUCGGGGCGAUCGUUUCUGGUUUUUUUCAUCGUUUCGUUUUUUCUUUUGUCAUU